CCAUCUUGUUUUACCUCCUUAACAACAAACCUGAGGCUGGAGCUGCUCUGACAGAUGUUGCGCUGAACUCUGACCGAAACAUCAGAUUUUCCAGGUGUUAUUAGUAAAUUUAAGUGUUAUUUUGGUAAAGAUGGAGGUGGAAGGAGGCAGUGCGGGUCCUAAGCGGCGGGUCCACGGGCUCCUGCAGCUUUAUUACGGCCUCAGUGAGGAGGGGAAAGCGGAGCAGCCCGAGUCCGCGGAUCCGUGCGACAUCAACGGGCCGCAUUUCGACCCGGAGCUCUACCUCAACAAGUUGAGAAAGGAGUGCUCUCUGACGGAGCUGAUGGAUCAGGAGAGCUGUAUGGUGAAACAGAUUCGCUCUCUGGACAGUGACAUGCAGACGCUGGUCUAUGAAAACUACAACAAGUUUAUUUCUGCUACCGACACCAUCAGGAAAAUGAAGAACGACUUUAAGAAGAUGGAGGAUGAGAUGGACUGUCUCUCAGCCAACAUGGCCGCCAUCACAGAGUUCAGCGCCAAGAUCAGCAGCACACUGCAGGACCAACACACUCAGAUCACCAAACUGUCAGGCGUUCACACUCUGGUGCGUAAGCUGCAGUUCCUGUUCGAGUUCCCGGCGUGGUUGAGGAAGUGUGUUGAGUGUGGAGAGUUCGGGCGAGCGGUCAGUGCUCAGAGGAAAGCACGCUGCGUCCUCAACCACUACAACAACAUCACCUCGUUCAGGGGCAUCCAGGACGAGUGCAACACCAUCAUGCUGGAAUUAACACUGCACCUGAGGAACAGGUUCAGUGACAGCAGUGCGAGUGCUAAGGAGCUGUCAGAGUGUGUGGAGUUGUUGCUGCAGCUGGACGAACCGGCCGAGGAGCUCUGUGACAAAUUCCUAAACCACGCCCACUCUAAGCUGGAGGCGGACCUGCAGGGCUUAGAGGAGGAGCUUAGCAGUUCCACCCAGAAGCCGAGCUCAGAACCAAACGUGAGCCCCGUGUCUCCGUCCGAGUCGAACCCUUUCCUGUCUCCGGCGAGCAGGAUGGACAUUCUGGAGUUCAUCGAUCGAGGCUGUAACGAGUUUGUCAGUAAUCUGUGUUUAGUUAUUGCGUCGUAUCAGGAGUUAUUUAUUACCCGUCCACAGGGGGGCGACCACGCCCUGAAACACCUGCCUCAGAUGGCCAGUCAGAAGCUGCAGCAGUUUGUGGACGCUUUAGCAGGCAGGUAUUUCACGCUGAUGGAGCGCAGGAUACAGGAGGAGAAGGGCGUAGGGGACAAUUCCCUCCUCGUAAGAGCGCUAGAUCGCUUCCACCGCCGCCUCCAGGCCGUGUCUAAACUGCUUCCGGGGUCAGAGGUCACAAGCCGGGGGACUGACAUCGUUAUCAACGCGGCACGUGAGCGAAUCAAGCAGUACCUUUGCGCUUUACAGAGCUUCUACCUGGAUAGCCUGACUGACGUCAGACAGGCCCUCGCCGCGCCACGCAUCACAGUGGGCGGAGCUAGCGGAGCACUGGGAGCGGGCAAUUCUGCUGCCAAAGAUGCCCCGCCCACUCUCCCAGAGCUGCUGUCCUCGUUGUCAAGCUCCAUUCUCAAUCAGAUCAAAUCAGUGUUAGUGUCUGUGCACCUGUUCACCGCUAAAGACAUCACCUUCUCCAACAAACCCUACUUCAAGGGGGAGUUCUGCAGUCAGGGUGUGAGAGAGGGGCUUAUCGUGAGCUUCAUUAAGUUUAUCUGUCAGUCAUCACGUCAGUUCUGUGAGAGCGCAGGCGACCGGAGCAGCUCGACUCCGCCCACUUUACUGCUGCUGCUGUCACGCCUCUGCCUCGACUACAGCACCUCCACCAUCUCCUACAUCCUCACGCUGACCGACGAGCAGUUCCUCACACAGCUUCAUUCCCCGAUCACUACAGUGACGACUCUGUGUGCUGAGGCCCGAGAGGCAGCACAGAAACUCCUCAACCACUACGUCAAGGUCCAGGGUUUAAUCAUCUCUCAGAUGUUGAGGAAGAGUGUGGAGACACGGGACUGGGUGAACACCAUCGAGCCGCGGAACGUACGUGCGGUCAUGAAGAGAGUGGUGGAGGACACGACGGCCAUCGACGUCCAGGUGGGCUUGCUGUAUGAGGAGGGCGUGAGGAAAGCUCACAGCAGUGACUCCAGUAAACGCACAUUCUCUGUCUACAGCAGUUCCAGACAACAGCUACGCUACGCUCCCAGUUACACACCCAGCGCUCCGAUGGACACUAACCUGCUCAGUAACAUCCACAAGCUUUUUUCUGAGAGAAUCGACAUCUUCAGCCCCGUCGAGUUCAACAAGGUGUCCGUGCUGACAGGGAUAGUGAAGAUCAGUCUGAAGUCGUUGGUGGAGUGUGUGCGCGUGCGCUCGUUCGGUCGGUUCGGGUUGCAGCAGGUACAGGUGGACUGUCACUACCUGCAGCUCUACCUGUGGCGCUUCGUCUCAGACGAGAACCUCGUCCACUUCCUGCUGGAUGAGAUCGUGAGCAGCACAGCGCAC